UGUACUUCAUCCCUUAAUAUUUUCCUACUAAUAAAUUUCCUCGCACUUUACAUGACGUAAUAUACACUGAGAGCUUUUCCUCUUCAAGCGCAGACAGCCUUUAAUGGCUUUCACAAAGAAAAGCUUCAAAGCGAAUAUUUACACAAAACAAAAUUAAGAAGAAGAGAUAAACAAAGAUAGAAAUCACAACAAGGAAAAUAAAUAUAAACAAACACUUGAAGAAAUUCAAGAAGAAGAAUGCUUGAAAGCACGCAGGAUAGCUUUUUAAACAACACAAAAAUCUCAACGCGCAUGUCAGCAACAACAAAAUACUUCAGCGAAUGUCAAAUAAAGUGGGAAUUGUCAAGUGUUGGAAUUUAGCGAAAUAAAAUUACGCAAACAACACGUUGCUUCGGGCUUCGGGCUUCUGGCUUUGUAUUUUUGAAAGCGGAGGCGGCGAAGGGCAGUUGCAAGCGAUUGGGUUGGUUUCAUUGAGAAAAGCUACAGUCGCGCAACGAAAGCAAAAGUUUACAUUCCGCACACAAUACACAUAGAAGCGGGCAGAAGAAGAAUGCAUAAAAGAAUAACACUGAAAGUUCUAAUGGCGCUGACUUUGGUGACAAAUUCACACAACCACUGUUAAUAUUCGUCAUACAUUCUUGCUGGAUUAAACUCGAGUACAGGCAGAGCCACAACACAGUAGUUGUCUUUAAACGUGGGCGGGCGCACAACACACACCGAGCGAUAAGACGCUAAACAAAAGAAAGCAAAUUAACGAAGAAAGUGUUUGGCAUAGCCUUGCAACGACAGCAAUUAAUUAAGUGCAACGCGGACACAAAGACAGGCCAACCAGCUUCAGUGAACGGUCAAAGCAUUAGUUAACCACAAGUGCAAAGCGGUGCAGACAGUGAAAGCAGUGGAAGGGGCAGUGCGACGGUCUCGUCGCUAAAUAAAAAGACACUUCUAUCGAUUUAAUACAAAAAGUGGCGGCAUAGCGCAGCUUGUGCGGGGCAUAUGAGUAAUUAGAGGCAGCCGAAGCAGCGCCACAUCACUGAAGAUUCCAAUGUACGCCGUUGCAGCGGUUGUCGACAGCAAUUCAACAACAACAAACGACUGUAAUUGUGCAAAAAUCAAUUAUAAUUGAGUAAACCAAUUUCUAGACUUUGCAACGCCAACAAGGAUACGUGAAAAAAAUAUCAAAUAAUUUUUUUGAAUUGUGUGGUGUGUGAGUUUCUCUCGAUUUACGCAUAAUCAAUUAAGAUGUUGCUGCCACAAAAGUCACCUGCUGCUCAUUGGCGGUCCUUUGUGGAUUUAUUAAUGGCGCCUGUAUCACCAAAAAAUCUACGCCUGUCCGCCAUUUUAAUUGGCAUUUACCAGUUGCUCGUAGCACAUUUACUACUCUUCCUCGUACUCUUGGGUCUAGCCCACGCCGAGCAAAUGAAAACUAUGCUGGCUAUGGAUAUUGAGGAUCAAAAGGAUAAUGGUUUUUACGAUAUGUCGCCUUUUCGUAAUCAAUUGCGCCUGCGCACCGCCUCGCAAUUGGUGUCCGUUACCGAGAUGUUACUCUACAUACUGACCGCAGUAGCUUCGGUUUAUCUGCUCAGUACGAUUGCUUUGUUUGCGGGCAUAUUUAAGAAUCGCUCAGAAUUUGUACUACCCUGGUUGGUUGUGGAAUUCAUCUUUAUUGUAUCGGCGACGGUUUUGGUUUUUUGGUUGCAGAAUGAGAAAUUCGUGGAUAUUAUUGGCGGUAAAGUGUACUACUUUAUGAUAUGCUUCACGGUGCUCUCGUUCGAUUGUCUGAUGUGGUAUAUUAUACAUUCAUUCUAUCAGCGACUACGUACUAUGAAUAAGUUGCGUGAGAUUGCUACAGUUGCAAUACCCUGUCCGCCCCCAGGAUCGAUACCCUUCCACUUUAGACGCGAGAAUAUGUAUCUUGGCAGUAACGGUUACAAACACAUACUCUCAGAGUCACCCGAUGGAAAUUAUUAAAAGUAAAAACAUUAGUAAAUACAUACAUAUAUACAAUUCACGCUUGCAACUGGCACGAAGCGUACACACACUUAAAUUAAAAGUAAAUAAGAAUAUUAAACACGAAACCUACAGCACUUAAUGCUAUUGAAAAUCCCGUGAUUCCUGCAGCAUUGGCAAAUCGUUUGCAACACGCUUUAUGGCAUUUGUACCAGCAACACGAUAAAGUACCAAAAAAAAAGCAGAAAAUAAAUAAAUAAAAAUUAGAAAAAUACAUGCAAUAUAAUGGGCCUUAUUAUGUAUUACUGUUAAAUUAUUAUGUAUUUUUAUUGCUAAUAUUGAAACACCAUAAGCAUUAUUUGUGAUAUUUUGCUUUGAGCUUCGAAAAAAUAUCUAUUUAUGUUUUAUUUUGAAUUUUUUUUUUUGUUAUUUUCUUAAGAGUUUUCUUAUUGGGAAAAAAGUAAAUAACAUUAAUUUUUUUUUAACAAAAACUUUCGGUAUUUGAUAUUUUUUUUUGUAUUUUCACUGCAGUACCACAAGUGCGGUAUGUCUAAUCACACUUACCUAGAUAAGCUAUCUUAUAAAUUAGUACUAUCUCUGCACAUACAUACGUACAUAAGUAUGUAUAUGAAUAAAGAAUUGUAGUAAAAAUGAAAAUAAGUAUGGAUUAUUGCACCCAAAUGCAAUACAUACAUACAUACAUACAUGUAUGAUUUUAAACAGUCAAAAUUUGUAUAGAAUGCAAUUAAAAAUAAAUUAUUUGAAUAAUGAAGAGAGUUAUGUGAGACUAAGUGGUACAGCAGCAUACAAAAAAAAUGUUUUAUUGUAAAAGAAAAUUAAAAAAAAAAAACAUAUAUAUACGAAUAUGUAAAAAUAUGUAAACAUACCGAUAUUAGCUAAAAUGCAUGUAAAUGCUUAAUUAUUGCUAGAUAUUUUAUUCAAUUAAAUUCAAUAAAGUUAUCAAAAUGUGAUACA